AUGGUUUUCAACCGAAGAGAUUACCUUUCUGAAGGACCCAAUGAAUACAACGGAUUAACCGAUGAUGAAGUUUACGAAAUACAGGAAGCCUUUAAUCUUUUCGAUACCGAAGGAACCGGAACUGUUGAUCCCAAGGAGAUAAAAUGCGCUAUGCAGAGCCUUGGUAUUGAUAAGAAAAAUCCCCUUGUGUAUCAGAUUAUCAGCGAUUUGGAAAAGAUGGGAUCAUCCACUGUUAAUUUUAAUGAUUUCUUAGAUGUCAUUACCAUGAAACUGGGUAAUAGAGACAGUAAGGAGGGAAUUAGACGUAUUUUUAACCUAUUUGACGACGAUAAUACUGGUUCUAUAACUUUCAGGAACUUGAAAAAGGUUGUAACUGAGCUUGGGGAAUCACUUACUGACGAUGAACUCAGAGAUAUGAUUAACAGGGCUGAUUCUAACGGUGAUGGUCAACUUUCAUUUGAUGACUUUUACACCAUUAUGGCCAAGAGAACCUAUGUCUAA